AUGCUCCUCCAACAGGUUUUCUCUGAUGGCUUGCAGGGUGGUCGGCGCGACAAAGUGAGCCCUACAAGCUCAGUGUUUAAAGAGAAGUUCGGCACGGAAGCCCGAGCAGGAAGGAUCCGUGAGGAAGAAGGACAUAAGGAAGAAGAGGAUGAGGCAGCCAGUUCUGCACCUGUGGAACAAUCACCUCCAGAAAGUCGUGCAAGAGUGACAUUUGCAGACAGAAAGAGUCACCUCCUUGAACUCAGAUUGAACAGACGGAAAGGUGGACCUGAUAGGUUGACAUGGCCUUUGGGAGCUGCCCAAUGA